AUGAAUUGGGUGCGAAACAAAUCAUUGAAGCACGAAAAUGUUUCGAACCAAAUCCUACACUUCACCAUGAGCACAAUGCCCACAAUCGAUCAGCAUGACAAGACCAUCCAACUCCUCGAUCUACUAAACGAGUACCAGGAAUUAACCACCAUCUAUAGAUUGCAUUUCAUAAAUGGGUUUCUCAAUUUAAGUCGAGCUAACUUUCAAAGUGAAAAGACCAAAUUCGGCAAAGACACAUUUGAUAUGAGGAGUUAUGAUGCUUGCAAGGUAGUUGGCGUAAUUGGCGAUGAAUUCAAUGUUAUUGAUAGGCGAGAUGCUAUAGUAGACUGUGAUUUUGAAGAUAGAAACGCCUUGGAAUUACAGCAGGAUACACAAUUGAAGAACCGAAAGAAGAAUGAAAAGCCCACCAAGACGGAUAAUGCCGCCAAUACCUACAAAGAUCCAAUUUUACAGUUUGGUGCAUUGACGCCUCCACAACUUAAAACCAGCCAAGAGGAUUUUGAUCGAGCUUUGAAAUUGAGCGUUCAAAUCAUCAACAUACGGCGUAAAAUUGCCACUUUGACAUCUGAAUUAGAGAGUAUAUGA